AUGGCCUGCAUCAAAGAGGUAAAUAGGACUUGGGUCACAAACUCUGCGAUGCUCUCGCCUCUGUUACGACCACAUCCUGAUCGGACCGACAACAUGAAACAAAUCAAACCCACACCGCUGCUACGGCAUCUCAGAUCUUCAUUCCUUCUUCUCGGAGUACUGCUAAAUGACAUAGGCAUCGGUAUCGCCAAAGCAGACAACCCUUUCGUUCAAUCCAUGUACACAGCAGAUCCGGCUCCAUUGAUAUACAAUGACCGACUCUACGUCUUCAUGGACCACGACGAAAACGGUGCUACAACCUACGAAAUGAAGGACUGGCGUCUUUUCUCGACAACAGACAUGGCGAAUUGGCAGGAUCACGGCUCUCCCAUGAGCUUGGCCAACUUCUCAUGGGCUAAUGCCAAUGCGUGGGCACCGCAGAUUAUUGCUCGGAAUAAUCAGUUCUAUUUCUAUGCGCCAGUUCGUCAUUCGACAGGAUCUAUGGCAAUUGGCGUUGGGGUGAGUGAUACCAUCACUGGACCAUACCACGACGCCUUGGGGAAACCGUUAGUAGAAAACAACGAGAUCGAUCCCACAGUCUUCGUUGACGAUGAUGGACAAGCUUAUCUAUACUGGGGAAACCCGGACCUUUGGUACGUCAAAUUGAACCAGGACAUGAUCUCCUACAGUGGUAGCCCUAUCCAAAUCCCACUCACGACUGCUGGCUUUGGUACUCGAUCUAACAAUGCUCAACGACCUACCACCUUUGAAGAAGCGCCCUGGGUCUACAAACGCAAUGGUAUCUAUUAUAUUGCCUAUGCAGCUGAUUGCUGCUCUGAGGACAUUCGCUACUCAACUGGAACCGGUCCCACGGGUCCCUGGACCUAUCGCGGCGUCAUCAUGCCAACCCAGGGCGGCAGUUUCACAAAUCACGAGGGUAUAAUCGACUAUAAGAACAACUCGUACUUCUUCUACCACAAUGCCGCUCUACCCGGAGGAAGCGGUUAUCAGAGAUCAGUUUGUGUGGAACGUUUCGUUUACAAUUCCGACGGAACUAUUCCUACCAUCCAAAUGACCACCGCUGGACCGCCGCAAUUGGGUACUCUGAACCCGUACGUGCGUCAGGAAGCUGAAACAGCAGCUUGGUCAUCAGGUAUCCAGACCGAAGUAUGCAGUGAAGGCGGGAUUGAUGUUGCUUUUAUCAACAACGGGGACUAUAUCAAGGUGAAAGGGGUUGCAUUUGGCGCCAGUCCCGGAGCGCAUUCCUUCUCUGCUCGUGUUGCUUCUGGUGCUAGCGGUGGCUCAAUUCAGAUUCACCUUGGUAGCACUUCUGGUACGCUCGUGGGAAGUUGUAGUGUACCUGGUACGGGGGGUUGGCAGACUUGGACUACUGUUACUUGUUCGGUCAGUGGUGCUGUGGGCACGCAGGAUGUGUAUUUUGUCUUCCAGGGAAGUGGUUCUGGGUAUCUCUUCAACUUUGACUACUGGCAAUUCUCCUAA